CGAUGACGCCAGAGUCAAGCGCCGUUACAAAUGAGUCAUCAUAUUAAAGUUCAAGCAAGAAACCAUGAGAUUUGCUCAUUUUCACCUCCCUGUAGGGAUGAAGUUCGGAGCAAUAAUUAUCAGAGAAGAUGCUACCAAAAGCAAUCUGAGGGAUUAUAUGCCCCUAUAAAUAAGCCCUACAGGGAGCUUGGUUAUCCUUUGAUAAUUGAGGCACCAAAACUCGUCACCGAAAUACUUGGAUAUAUACCUCAGAGGCCUAAUGUACUUUAUGGUUAUGAAGCAGAUGAAAGUAGUAGAGGUGUUGAAAAUCAAAAUGAAGAAUUGUUAAAGGAUAAUUUAAACACAUAUGUAUUGACGAGUGAAUCAGCUGAGAAAAGUUGUCAACCACUACGACCUAAACAUGUUCGAGUUAAUGAAAAAUCUAAUGUUUAUCCAGCUGUACAGUCAGUAUCAGCUUACAUGAAAAGAAGACGUAAACGUGGUUUAAUCGAUUUUAAAAAAGUCAUUCAACAAUCAAAUAAUAUUACGAAUUGUGUAAAAAAUGGUCGAAGUUUUUUCGGUUUAUUGAAUCAAGAAAUUAUUCAGAAGGUACAUAACUUUUGGGAAUUACAUAAUCGUAUAAUUGAAUCUAGAAAAAAUCGAAUUGCUCCUCCAAUUCGUAUGUACACACCGAAUACAACUACAACAACAACAGCAACAACAGCAAUAGCAAUUACAACAGAACAAAAUGCUUCAAAUAAUGAAACUAACGAGAAAUCAACUGAUGAAAUCGAUGAAGACAUUCUACUGGAUGAAGAACCAGAAAUACGUAAAUUAAUGAGUGAUUUAAUCGCUGCUGGAUGUAAUUUAAGCGAUCUACUCGGCAAUUUAUCACAGCAGUCAACGGAAAGCAUAGAAAAGAAUACCGAUUAUUCAACUUUGACAAUAGAACGGCGACGUCAUAGACAGUUGAGGCAGUGGUUUACAACAGAAGCGGAAAGACCAUUUACACCUAAAUAUUUUAAUAUAUGUCGGCCAAAUUUUAUCAAUGAAUUAAAACGAUUAGACGAUUUAGCGAAUAGCAAUACGUAUAAAUUAUUGAAUGUGAAAAAUGAUCGACAAACUGGAAAUGGAGUGAAGAAUGAAGGGACCGAUGAGAAUGCUAGCGAUGGCAAUGAUGGCGAUGACGAUAAGGAAUUAUAUUUUGAUUCUCUCUGUGAACUCAUAUAUAUGCAGCUGUGUUGUGUUCUAUGGUUAAUGGAACAGAUGUAUGCCUCAGGAAACUCUGAAGAAACUGAUCCAAACUGGAGGCCAAUAUCUGCAAGUUGGAAAUUCAAUCCGAAUAACAAUGCUAGUACAGAAGCAAAGACGUCAAGCGAUCAACCAAGUCAUCCUGAUCAAAUUUGGUUUAAUUUUAUUUAUGAUACAAAUAGUAACAGCAGUACUAGUAAGCAAAUGAAAAUGAAACCACGAUUUCGUAAUAUUAGUUCAGCGCAUAGUUUAACUUCUAUACAAUCUGGAACACAGUCAUCAGAUCAAAAGUGUACAACUCCACUUUCAGCUUUCAUCAAAUCACAAUCAAUGAAAAGAAUGUCAAGAUCCGUUGCUGAAUCAAUCGAUGAACUGUCUGAAGUAGAAUCUACUCCACUAUCAAAAUCAGAAGAACGCUUGAAUUUUCUUUCAAGAAUGAACAGUCAAGAGGGUAUUAAUCCUUCAACAUCACGAUCAUCAAUAUAUAAUCAAAAGUUGCUUGGCCUUUUCUCAACUGCUGAUGAUACAUCGACAACAACAAAUCGACGAUGUGUACAAUUCAUGAAAAAAUCAAAUAUGCCUAAACAAAGUGAAAAUCAAUGGGUUAGUUUCAGAAAUCAAAUUCAGAAAAUGUCACGUGAAACUCUGAAAGAAAUUGCUCAUCAAAUAGAAGUCGAUAUGGAUAAAGAAACCUUGAAAGAGGCUGAAUCACGCUUAACCGGUAGAGGAGUAGUUGCUUCAAAAACAAUAAAGAAAAGACCAUUUACUACUGGUAAUUUAAAAGAAAUACCCAAAGAAUUUACAAGUCAUAAAUUAACCAACUUAAUCGAUAGUCUACGCAGUCAGCUGUCAAUUAUGACUGAUGAAAAGAGUAUUGAGUUGGAAGAUCGUUUAGAAUUUAUGAAAAGAAUACGACCAGAAAUAUGUUUAACAAAAUAUCAGAAUAUACCAAUUAAUGGUCAUACACACGUUGCUAUGAAACGUAUGCAUCAACUGGCACGUUAUGAUAAGGCAGCUAGUGAAUUGGCUCGUAAAACUGCUGAGAAGAAAGAAUUAGCACCGUGGUAUGUGGAUUUGUUAAUCGAUUUGGCAGAAUUAUUAAAUGAACACAAAAUUAAGUAUGUCCUGUCAAAACUUAAAAUUUAUGCUCAGUUAUCACCAAGUCAGUUCACUGUGUUAUCGUUUACCCGUGUUCUACAGUCUCUCACGCUAUGGGAAAUUCUCCUGCCAGCUACUACUGUGGCUAUUGAUUUUAUUCGAAUGCGUGUUUUAGAUAUGUCCAUUGAAGAAUAUUUGGACUGGUUAUGUGAAGCACAUCCAAAAGUCAAAAGUUACAUCCUUCAUGAAAAUGAAACAGAAUCUUGAUAAUGCCAACGGGACAUCAUGAUGGAAAGUGUCAGUCA